AUGGCAUUAGUUCUUCCUGUCCUUAUUCAGCCUAACCAGGGUGCGUUUGUUAGGGGCAGGUCAAUUACUCAUAACAUAAUGAUUUUUCAGGACCCCAUCAAGAAUUAUGGUAGGGCUGUAACUUCUCCUAGAUGUGCCAUUAAAAUAGAUCUUAGCAAAGCUUAUGACACAGUUGACUGGCAGUUUCUUGAAGAUCUUUUGAGGGCCUUUUGCUUCCCUAUGAAAUUUAUUGGUUGGAUAAUGACAUGUGUGAGAAACACAUCUUACUCUUUACUUAUGAAUGGUAGAGUGCAAGGUAGCUUUAAGGGUAAAAUGGGGCUGCAUCAGGGUGAUCCAAUGUCUCCCCUUCUUUUUGGAUCCCUCUCGGCAGUGAGCAUUUUUAAGGAGGCCCUAGGGAAGUUCAGUGAGGUUACUGGUUUAUCUAUCAAUACUAAUAAGUCUCAUAUUUACUUUGGUGGAGUUAAUGCAGCUGAGAGAAGGGUUAUUGCACAGGAAAUUCAGUUGCCUGAGGGGUCCUUUCCUCUUAGGUAUCUUGGGGUCCCUAUGAGACCAACUAAGUGGAAACAUGAGGAUUGUGAGAUUAUUGUUCAUAAAAUCAGGUUGAAACUAUUAUCUAGGACUUGUAGGCAUCUGUCCUAUGCAGGCCGCAUGCUUCUUAUACACUUUGUUCUGUUUGGCCUUAGAAAUUAUUGGAUGAGUGUGUUUAUUUUGCCUCAGAGUAUUGUCAAGGAGGUCGAGAAAUUAUGCCGAAUGUUUCUGUGGGGAGCUUCAGGGAAUCGCAGUAAACUUCAUCUGGCUUCUUGGCAUCAGGUGUGCCUCCCUAAAGCUUAUGGAGCGCUCGGGUUCAGGGAUGGGGCUAACUGGAACAGAGCUAUUUUAGCCAAGUACAUUUAG